GACAAACAACUUCCCUCGUCCAAUGACAGUCGACGAGAUCGCUGACAUAAGACUUCUAUAGAAUUUCCAGUUGAAGCUUAGCUUUAAUCACCCGCCGCGCUUCUCUCCUUUCCUUGUAUCGGAUACCCCCAAGGUUUUCAAGGGAAAUCAAGAUGGAUUUUCAGAACCGUGCAGGAUCUAAAUUCGGUGGCGGCGGUGUCGCAUCGCAAUCCGCGACCAACGCAGACCGUCGCGAGCGUCUUCGCAAGCUCGCCCUCGAGACGAUCGACCUCGAUAAGGAUCCGUACUUCUUCAAGAACCAUGUAGGAAGCUUUGAGUGCCGUCUCUGUUUGACGGUCCACCAGAACGAUGGCUCCUACCUCGCCCACACCCAAGGCCGCAAGCAUCAGACCAACCUGGCUAGACGUGCCGCGAGGGAGCAAAGAGAAGGGAAAAACCAGGAUCCAUCGACGCUACCGGGUGCGAUGGGUGUUCAGGUCAAGAAGCAGACGAUCAAGAUCGGCCGGCCGGGUUACAAGAUCACGAAGAUUAGGGAUCCAUUGACGAGGCAGCUGGGCCUGCUGUUCCAGCUGCAAUAUCAGGAGAUCACGCCGGGUGUCCAGCCUCGAGUACGAUUCAUGUCAGCCUUUGAGCAGAAGGUUGAGGAGCCCCCAGACAAGAACUUCCAGUAUCUUGUCGUCGCUGCAGAGCCAUACCAGACUUGUGGUUUCAAGCUUCAAGCGCGAGAGAUUGAUCGUAGGGAGGGUCGGUACUGGACUUGGUUCGACGAAGACAGCAAGGAAUUUUGGAUUCAGAUCAUGUUCAAGACCGAGCGAGAGGAAAGAUUCAGUGGUGUUCCAGGUCUGGCACCAAUGGAACCCAAGGCGUGAGCUGCUAUAUAAGUGAUGCCUACAUAUGGGUUUGUAUGAGAAGAAAAGUUGACGAGAGUAUUAUUUAUUCAAGGAAGGUGCACUGGGCGUUUGAGGAUUUCUGUUUUAUUGCAGCUUUAUAUGACUGAUAUUCAUGUUACCCCUGCUAUUGUAAUUUGGCCGAGAGCGGCCUUCCGAUAGUGUCAGAUAUCAUCCACCUCUCUCUUUUCUCUAACUCAGUUGAUUCAAUGUUGAGAGUCACUGAGGUCCAAGGGAAUUUCAGAAGAAUCGAAGCCUAUUACCAAGUUGAAUGAAGAAUUUAAUGGGAUUGCCACCAGCUAUGUAAUGUGCAAACUAUUUUUAAGUAAAAGGUACAACGUUGUACUUUGGGUAUUUCCGGGUAAUGCAUUGAUACACCAUGCUAGAGAGGACAAAGUAGCCAGCCAUUCGUGAUCGGCCCUUGUGGGCUCGUCACAGGUUCUAUACUUUCAACCGACGGACGAUGCGCUCACUUGUAAUUCUUAAUGCUAGACACAGUGUGCAACUAGCGGGCGUCGUCUUGCGACAUGCAAACAGA